AUGUCUUCCCCGAAAUCCCGUGCUCAGUCUUCCUCUAUUCCAAUUCUUCCCGACUACAUUACUGGGGCUGGGAUUGAUAAGCAUGCGAUAGAGGUUAGGAGCAAGCUCCAUCCUUUUGCCCAGAAAAACCUAGAUGAAAACGUCCUUCAUCUGUUCGAAAACACCUUGGUGCUGGGGCCUCACUGGUUUGGCCCCGUUCCUCCCGAGAUGGCGGAGCUGAUGAAGAAGGAUGCUGAGGCCCCUCUAUGCUUCGAGAGCUCCUCUGCUCUGGCUUCUCAUUCUUGGGUUAGUAAGAAUUUGAGUCGUUCGUUCCCAUCCAGUGAAGUGAGAAACAGUCCAGUCAAGUGGGCUGAUUGGAUUGACAGACUUCUUCCUCGAUUUGGGGCUCACUGGAAGCGGGCUGGAAUUUAUGACGCCAUACUCCUAUCCAAGCAAUCUAUCAACAGGGAUGAGAACCUGCUUGCUGCUGCUCUGUGUUUCUGGAAUUCUGCCAGUAACACCUUCGAUUUUCGUAUAGGCCCCAUGGCUCCAACUCUGCUGGAUAUGGCUCAGAUUUUUGGCUUCAGGCCUCAUGGGAGGCCUGUUGAUGCUGUUGGUGACUAUCACAGGAAGAAGGACCAGCAGAAGCUAGCCAAGCCAUUCACUAUUUCCCCAGCCCUGAUCAACCAGAAUUGCUCCUUUUCCAAUUAUCUCAGGAAAUUUAGUGCUGAGAAGGACAAAGAUCAGCAGCAUAUGUUGUUCCUCCUGUAUUGGCUGAACAGGUUUGUUCUGCCCAAUCGCUCUUCUGCAGUUCUGCUUGAGUACAGACAUUUGGCAGAGGCUCUGCAUAAUCAUACUGAUGUUGGACUCGGGCCUACAGUUCUGGCCCAUCUAUUCAAGAACCUGCAUACCGCCACCCUGGAGUAUCCGCUAAAUCUAUCUGCUCCUGGUGCUUUCUGGAUGAUUCAGGUCUGGCUGCAGGUCUAUUUUCCUGAGCUAAGGUUUUCGGAUAUAGUUCUGCCUGAGGAUCAGGUUCUGGCUCAACCAUUGUUGUCGGCAGAAGUCCCCAAGCGAUCAAUUGAUGAAUACCUGAUGAUCUUCAGGCAUUGUACCAAAAGGUCUGCAGCGCAGUGGCAGGUGGUGAUCAGGAGGACCUAUCCUUGGUUUCAGCUUGGACAUCGUCUGUUCGAGAAGGAGCCAGAAGAAGAGUCUGCCAGGACUGACUUUAGGAAGAAGUUCCUAAGUGUGACCUUACCCAGAGAUCUGCCUCAUGGAGGAGGAAAGCCUCCAAAUUAUCAUCUAGGGGCGGAGGUCUACCAUCCCAACUUCUGUGCAAGGCAACUUGGCUGCCCUCAGCUUAUACCCCUCAAGUCAUACAGAAGCUGUAAUCGGGGCUCUUCUUGGAGGGACGCAGAUGACUUGGAGGUCCACAAAGAUGCCAGGUGUGCAGUGAAUAAGAUCAACAAUAGUGCAGAUGCUCUUUAUCCUUCCUGGGAAUUGAACUCCUGCAGUUCUGUGGAGUUUGAUGCCUGGUGGAAAGCCAGAUUCCGUGAUCUGCCUGCUUCCAGCACCGCACUUCAGGUCCUUUUUAAGGGCUGGGACAAUUGGAAUGUCCAUUCAGACGACGAGACUCACAGAUUCAUGGUGCAGACCAUCAAAGACGUCAAUAUGCAAGUUAUAGAAGGUAAUCUCUCAAUUCUGUCUGUUGUUGCCCAUUCUGUUUUUUCAAUGAUGACGCUGAUCUUUUCUGUCUGUACUCAGAUCCUUCUUGACAAAGAAUAUAGGCAGCCAACCAGCCAAAAGUGGAGAGUUAAUUCUGUUAUUGCUGCUGGGGAUCUGGAGCUGCCCUCCGGGGAUGGAGAAGAGGAAGAAGAAGAGGAGGAGGAUCAGGCAGAACAGACUCCUGUUGAGGUCACUUCUCCUGUUAAGAGAAAAAGAAAAGAGACUGCCCAGUCUGUGGCUCCAGUUGGAAGUCCUUCUCCUCCUCUGACUAAGUCAAAAAGACUUAGAAAGAAGGUUGUAGAGGAAUACGUGGCCCCGGAGGGAACUGGGGCAGUUCCUACCACCACCUCUGGCACGGAUGAUGAUCUGAGAGAGGCUUUCGAAGCUGUGGAGCAAGAAAGGGAGCUGGAAGAGCUGGAAGAGGUAGGAGGGGAGCCCCAGGAGAAGGCCAAAACAGUGGAAGAAGAUGAGGAAAUUCCUGCUGAGGUGAUAGCGGAGAGCAUUGCCUUGGCUCAAAAGCAGCAGGAAGACGUAGGGGCAGGGCUGACCAACUCAGAGGUGGCCCUUUUUGACGAUCCAGAGGCAGAACAUUCUACUGCCGCUCCAGCAGCUGAGGACCAAGUGGAACAAUCCGGAUCGAAGCCUGGGGAUCAGGCAGAACAAGUGGUUCCUGCUCCUGAAACCGUAGCAGGAGUGGCUGCUGCCGUUCCUGGGUUUAUGGUGGGAGCACAAAGAACUGCUGGGACCUUGGCGGUGAGGACCACCCCCUUGCAGCCUCCGAUUGUUGCUAUGCCUAUUCAUUCUCUUGCAGGUUCAUCUGCCACGGCUUCUUUUGCUGACCCGGAGCUGGCAGAAUUUGAGGCCAUGGACCUAGAUGCCCAGCUGGAUAAGUUGGAAAAGCUCAGCUCUCCUAUUGGUAAAAUAAAGUCCAGGGCAGUGGAAGAAGCAAUGGAGAGACUGAAGAUCUGGCAGUCUGCUGAAUUGGAGCUGGAUGAGGACAGAGAGGCCUUUGAUCAGCUGAUGAAGGAUCUGGAUCUGCUGCAUAGACAGAACAUGGCCCCAAGACCUAUCCUUGAGAUGAGCCUUGUCUUGGCGAGGGAUGUGCUCACCCUUCACGACCGUUAUGAAGAUCUGAAGCCUACCUUCAAAACCUCCGAGUUCUGCAAGGCCACUCAUGAAGCCAACUUGGCUGAUUUUGCAAAGCAGAAGGCAGAACUGGACCAGAUGGUUGCGGGGUAUAAAGAAGCCAAAGCUGCUGGGGAUAAAUUGGAAAAAGAGAUUGCAGAACUUCAAAAACAGCUGGCAGAGCGUCGGGAAGUGCAGCACAGGCUCGGGGCUGGAUUGAGUUCUAAGACCAAGGCCACUUUUCUUGUGCAGAACAUGGUUGCAGCUUCUAGGCCAGCCCUGGAGAUUGCAGAAGCUUCAAUUCAUCAGGGUGUGCUGCUCCAAAAGGAACUUUUUACCAAGAAGACUAACCUGCAAGAGACUCUUAGAAAACUAGGGUUUUGA